AUGACGACGCAACUCGAAGUUCGGGAUGACCCCGAAAAACAAGGCUCUAUGGAUCGGCCGCAAUCGAUUGGUUCCUCGCCGCGUGAAAGAAGCGAUGACGAACCCGAUCUCGAGCACACAAAAUCUGAAGAUGCGACUUUCGUGCCCAUAGUCGCGCCGGCAAGCCAACGUCAUGAACAACUGAGAAAAACGCGGUCGAACUUGUCGCGAAGUCGCUCGCUAGAAAGAUCAUGGUCUCUGAAUGACGGUGUCAGCGUUGGACAUGAAACUACUCAUGGCGAGGGAAGCGAUGCGGAGAGUCAACAUAUAACAGAGGAAGAUGAUCAGUAUACAGUCGAAUGGGACACAGAUGAUCCAAUGAACCCGCGAAAUUUGAACAAGGCUAGAAAAUGGGUAAUCGUGGUCAUUGUCUCCAUGGGAUCACUUUGCGUUACCUGCACUUCAUCGAUGUAUACGACAACCUAUGACCAAAUCAUGAACGAGUUCGGCUGCUCCCAAGAGGUUGCGACGUUGGGGUUGUCCUUUUUCAUCUGGGGUCUAGGGAUUGGUCCACUUUUCCUGAGUCCGUUGUCCGAGUUCUACGGUCGACGCAAGAUCUACAUAGUGUCCUUCACACUCUUUCUGAUCUGGCUCAUUCCUUGUGCCGUUGCUCAAAAUACAGCGACGAUGCUUGUUUGUCGGUUUUUCAAUGGCCUCGCUGGAAGCGCUUUCCUGAGCGUUGCGGGUGGCACGGUAGGUGACAUGUUUGACCGGCACGAGCUGGGAUUGCCCAUGAUGCUCUACACUGCAAGUCCGUUCAUUGGACCCGAGGUCGGCCCUCUCGUUGGAGGCUUUAUCGACUACUAUACAACGUGGCGUUGGACUUUUUAUGUCCUCCUCAUUUGGACCGGAGUUCUUCUGGUCUCGAUCGUGUUCCUGGUGCCUGAGACGUACCAUCCUGUACUUUUGAGACGUAAAGCCGAGAGACAACGCAAAGAGACAGGAGACGAUCGAUGGAAAGCGCCCAUCGAAAAGAUGCAUCGUUCGGUGGCACAGACGGUGCUCCGCUCCAUGUACCGUCCACUCAUGCUUUUGGCUCUGGAGCCGAUGUGCCUGAGUCUCUGCGUUUUUUCCGCAAUUUUGCUUGGUAUCCUCUAUCUUUUUUUCGGCGCGUUCCAAUUGGUCUUCAGGGAAGUGUACGGUUUCCUGCUUUGGCAGCGAGGGCUCUGCUUCCUGGGUCUUUUUGUAGGCAUGGUGAUUGCCAUCCUUUCAGAUCCCUUCUGGCGUCGGAAUUAUGCCCGUCUGGAACGCAACUUUCAAAAGCAGCGAAACAACACGGAUGAAUUUCAACCUGAAUGGCGACUUCCUCCCGCAAUCCUUGGCGGGCCCCUGGUCACUAUUGGCCUUUUCAUCUUUGCUUGGACAAUUUAUCCUAAUGUGCACUGGAUUGCGCCGAUUAUCGGCAGUGUGUUGUUUGGUGCUGGCACAAUUCUUGUCUUUUCCGGCGUCUUCACGUUCCUGGUCGACGCAUAUCCAACUUUCGCGGCCAGCGCGUUGGCGGCGAACAGCUUUAUGCGUUCCAGCUUUGGUGGAAUUUUCCCCUUGUUCGGAAUUCAGAUGUACAACAACCUCGGCUUUAACUGGGCGACGACUUUGUUAGCCUUCCUUACGCUGGCAAUGCUGCCAUUCCCGUAUAUUUUCUUCCGAUACGGACCCAACAUUCGCAAGAAGAGUCGCUUCGCCACUCGACAGACAUGA